AUUCACGUGGACGGCCGAAUGAAGGCAACACUAAGAUAUUUUUUGAUAGUAUACGUGUCCGCACGUCAAACGGAAUGAAAAAUAACGUUUAAAAUGUUAAAAUAUUUACUCUUUUUAUUUAUUCAGUGUUUGUUUUUUAAUAUAGGUGAAGUGAACAGUCAGGAUAUGUUGAAAGACAAUCUUCUUGGAGCUAUGAUUAACGAACUGUAUUUAAUGUACAGGGAUGCUUAUGAAAACGAGAAAACACAUGUCACGCGAAGAUUUUUCACAAACUACAACCAUUAUACGUUACACGUACAAAAAUUAAAAGAAGUAAAUGGUUGGAAAACACACAAUUUAAAAGUUGAAUCAAAUGCCCCAUGGGGUAAACCGGUCGUCUAUAUAAAUAAUCCCGUAGAAUGUCAUAUGCCGAACGCCUUUUUUUCUAGAGAAGAAUUUCAGAAAAUUAUGCUUAGUCGAAUCCAAGAGCAAAAGAAAAGAUUUAAUAAAGAUAACAUUGAUCUAAUAAAAGCAAACAAAUACUUUGAAACACACACACCUUUACCUUCGUACAUAAAUGUAAAUGUUCACCAAGUUAUUGACAAAAUACAUGACGAAAUUAUUGAUGCAUUUGAUAGCGAGGCUAUAAAUACAAGAACUACUAAUAAAUUUAUGAUUACAACUGUAUCAAAUAAAAAUGAACCUCAAGAAAUAUUAAGAGAUAUGCCCCCUUAUACAUAUAAAAAUACAGUUGAGAGAUCAAAGAAAACUACACCUGGCUUCAAAAUGACCAAAAAAAUGAAACUUACAGCAAAAAUGAGGCGUACCGUAUCUUCUAGACACAAAAAUACAAAGUCAAAAACGACAAAGUCAAAAACGACAAAGUCAAAAACGACAAAGUCAAAAACGACAAAGUCAAAAACGACAAAGUCAAAAACGACAAAGUCAAAAACGACAAAGUCAAAAACGACAAAGUCAAAAACGACAAAGUCAUAUAUUUUAAUAAGAUCACAUCUUGCAAGUAAUAAAAAAAUAAAACGAAAGGUUUCGACAAUAACAAAUCCGAUAAGUAAGUUUGUAUCUAUACCUGAUGAAAAUGAAUCAGUAGAAGAAAUCAGUACAAACAUAACGACAAAAAGUAAAGAAAUCACAGAAAAAUCUUUUGUUCUUGACUUUCCAUCUACCGCAUCGCUAACCAGUACUGAACCAACGAUAGAUGUCACAACUGAAGCAGUAGUUAGUAGCACUAAAGUAAUUGCGGAUAAAACGACAAAAGAAACAACAACGAGAAAACCUAAAGUUAUCACAAAGACAGAAACUACAAAAAAUACGGACACUGUUCAUUACACGAAAUCUACAGCAACGGUAACUAGUACUGACUCGACGACUGACGCCACAACUAAAACAGUUGUUAGUGAUACCACAGCAACAACUGAAGCUACACAGAGUACAACAAGGAGGACUAGACAACGUCGACCAUACGUGUUCUUCAAUAAGUAAACAAUGAAACUCAUAGCGAAUCUGAAAAUAGUUCCUAUAUCAGUAGGAUAUUAAUUUAACUGUUAAUUAAUAAAUCCUAGAUUGUAUUUAAAUCUGCUACAAUGAUUUACUUAUUGUACCUAAGUGAAAUAUUUUUGUACCAAUUUAUUUAUGUAGAUUAUUUAUAGUAAUUUUAUUAAAACCUUACCUUUACGCUAUUUAAUUAAGAUAAUAGGAUACGUAGGUUUCAUUAUCUAUUCGUUACAGAUUAUUAAUGUGUUUUACUAACAUAGAAAAAUUGUAUCGGGAUUUAAUAUAAGAAAUUAAGUUUAUUUAGUAACAAUAUAUUUUUAUCUACUAAGUAAAUAAUAAUAUAUUAUGUAGAUUAUCUUACCUUAAAUUACUUCCUACAAAAAAUCCAAGUUAUUGCACAGGCAAUAACUAAAACAACCUUCAACUGGCCGCCUCUAACAUCACUAAAUAAUUUCAAAAAGUUCACAAUACUAAUGCUGGCUGUAUAUCGCAAUUGUCACCGUCUCGUAUCUGUCAACACACAGAUAUAAAAUUUCCCGCCAAACGAAACGUCAAACUGUCAAACGCGCGGACAUUGCGCCUCUACUUGCGAAAGGCGCCAAUUCACUGAUUACAAAAUCUCACGUGGACCUCCAGUGCUUGUCUAUACCUUUAUAACUAUGAAGGGCCAUUGAAACGACUCUAUUGCCAUAAGCCCGGGUCAAAAAGGGAUAGCAAUACGAGAGAGUGUCAACACCCAUUGUAAGCCGCUUACUGCUAUUAGGAUUGCUCAUUUGUGCGAAAGAGACGCACAGAUUUAUAUUGUGUAGCUUUAAUUCACGCUCCGCCCAUUCCUCAUUUAACCCCCACCAGCGGUGGGGUGAACUUGGCCAGUUUUAAAUUAUCUAUUAUAAUAAAAUUAUUUCACGAAAUAAGGGGUUGGUUAUGUUAAUGAUGUGUUUAAUUUAUGUCGAUAUCUUAACUUUGAGUAGUUUGACAGUUCUGAUUGGCAUGCGUGCAUGGAUUUGUUGAAGAGGAAUUCUAGUGUAGAAUAUUUA